CCCCGGCCCCGCCGCCCCCUGCUCGGUCCCCGGCACCGGCCGCACCAUGCGGAGCGCCCGGGCGCUGCUGCUUGCCCUCGCCCUGCGGGUCUACGCGCUGGACACCGAGACGCCCGCCGCUGGCUGCACCUUCGAGGAGGACAGUGACCCCAACCAGUGUGAGUACAGCCAGGGCGAGGACGAUGACUUCGACUGGGACCUCCUCCGCAGUUACCUGAUGCCUCACCUGGUUCCUGAGCUGCCUCACGGCUCCUACCUGAUGGUGAACUCCUCUCAGCACACCCCGGGCCAGAAAGCUCACCUCCUCUUCCAGGCGCUGAGUGAGAAUGACACCCACUGCCUUCAGUUCAGCUACUUCAUGUUUAGCCGGGACGGCCGCAGCCCUGGCACCCUCAGCGCCUACGUCUGGGUCACCGGGGGCCUGCUGGGCAGUGCCGUCUGGAACGCCUCCGGCUCGCACGGCCGCCAGUGGCACCAGGCAGAGCUGGCAGUCAGCCUGUUCUGGCCCAGCGAGUACCAGGUGCUCUUUGAGGCCGUGGUUUCCAGCGAGCGCAGGGGGUACCUGGGCCUGGAUGACAUUUUGCUCCUGAAUUAUCCAUGCUCGAAAGCGCCUCAUUUCUCCCGCCUGGGUGAUGUGGAGGUGAACGCGGGACAAAACGCCACCUUCCAGUGUGUGGCCGCUGGCAAGGCUGCCGAGGCCGAGCGCUUCCUCAUGCAGAGGCAGAGCGGCGAGGUGGUCCCUGCCACCUCGGUGAAGCACAUCAGCCACCGGCGCUUCCUGGCCACGUUCCAGCUGGAGGCGGUGUCCAAGGCGGAGCAGGACCUGUACCGCUGCGUCACCCAGUCCGCCCGCGGCGCCGGCGUCUCCAACUUCGCCGAGCUCAUCGUCAAAGAGCCCCCCACCCCCAUUGCCCCCCCCCAGCUGCUCCGGGCUGGCUCCACCUACCUCAUCAUCCAGCUCAACACCAACUCCAUCAUCGGAGACGGCCCCAUCGUGCGCAAGGAGAUCGAGUACCGCAUGACCUCGGGGCCCUGGUCGGAGGUCCACGCUGUCAACAUGAUGACCUACAAGCUCUGGCACCUGGACCCUGACACGGAGUACGAGAUCAGCGUCCUGCUCACCCGGCCCGGGGAGGGGGGCACCGGCAAACCAGGGCCGCCGCUCGUCAGCCGCACCAAGUGCGCAGAGCCCAUGCGAGCCCCCAAGGGCCUGGCUUUCUCUGAAAUCCAGUCCAGACAGCUGACGUUGCAGUGGGAGCCACUGGGCUACAACCUGACCCGCUGUCACACCUACACCAUGUCCCUGUGCUACCGCUACUUUGUGGGCAGUGGCCACAACCAGACCUUCCAGGAGUGUGUGAAGAUGGAGCAGAAUGCCAACCGCUACACCAUCAAAAAUCUGCUGCCCUACAAGAACAUCCACGUCAAGCUCAUCCUCUCGAACCCUGAGGGGCGCAAGGAGGGCAAGGAGGUGAUAUUCCAGACAGAUGAGGAUGUGCCUGGUGGCAUCGCUUCCGAGUCCCUCACCUUCACCCCGCUGGAGGACAUGAUAUUCCUGAAGUGGGAGGAACCAGUGGAGCCCAAUGGCCUCAUCACGCAGUACGAGAUCAGCUACCAGAGCAUUGAGUCCUCAGACCCUGCGGUGAAUGUGCCGGGCCCGCGGCGCACAGUGUCCAAGCUGCGCAACGAGACCUACCACGUGUUCUCCAACCUGCACCCCGGCACCACCUACCUGUUCUCGGUGCGGGCCCGCACUGGCAAGGGCUUUGGCCAGACGGCGCUCACCGAGAUCACCACCAACAUCUCCGCUCCCACCUUUGACUAUGGGGACAUGCCAUCGCCACUGAGUGAGUCAGAGAGCACCAUCACAGUGCUGCUGCGGCCGGCACAGGGCAGAGGGGCUCCCAUCAGCACCUAUCAGGUCAUUGUGGAGGAGGACCGGCCCAAGAAGCUGAAGCGGGAGCUGGGGGGGCAGGAAUGCUUCCCAGUGCCGCUCACCUUCGAUGAUGCCAUGUUGCGCGGCUCCGUGCACUACUUUGGGGCAGAGCUGCCCGCCAGCAGCCUCACUGAGGCCAAGCCCUUCACCGUGGGGGACAACCAGACCUACAGUGGCUACUGGAACCCGCCUCUGGAGCCCAAGAAGGCCUAUCUCAUCUACUUCCAGGCCAUGAGCAACCUCAAAGGGGAAACUCGGCUGAACUGUGUCCGGAUCGCUCGCAAAGCUGCCUGCAAAGAGAGCAAGCGUCCUCUGGAGGUGUCCCAGCACUCGGAGGAGAUGGGCCUGAUCCUGGGGAUCUGUGCUGGAGGGCUCAUCAUCCUGAUUAUCCUGCUGGGAGCCAUCAUCGUCGCCAUCCGGAAAGGGAAACCCGUGAAUAUGACCAAGGCCACCAUAAACUACCGGCAUGAGAAGACACACAUGAUGAGUGCCAUCGACAGGAGCUUCACCGACCAGAGCACCCUGCAGGAGGACGAGCGCCUGGGGCUGUCCUUCAUGGACACCCACGGCUAUGGAAACAGAGGUGACCAGCGCAGCAGCGUGGUCAACGAGUCCAGCAGCCUGCUGGGGGGCUCCCCGCGGCGGCAGAGCGGCCGCAAGGGCUCCCCGUACCACACGGGGCAGCUGCACCCGGCCGUGCGCGUGGCCGACCUCCUGCAGCACAUCAACCAGAUGAAGACGGCGGAAGGCUACGGCUUCAAGCAGGAGUAUGAGAGUUUCUUUGAAGGCUGGGAUGCUUCAAAGAAGAAAGACAAGACCAAAGGGAGACAGGAUCAUGUGUCCACAUAUGACCGUCACCGUGUGAAGCUGCACCCGCUGCUGGGUGACCCCAACUCUGACUACAUCAACGCCAACUACAUUGACGGCUACCACAGGUCCAACCACUUCAUAGCCACGCAAGGGCCCAGGCAGGAGAUGGUGUACGACUUCUGGCGCAUGGUGUGGCAGGAGCACUGUUCCAGCAUCGUGAUGAUCACCAAGCUGGUGGAGGUGGGCCGGGUAAGCAUCCCUGUUCCCAUGCCAUGCCAUGCCAUGCCAUCCCUCCUGGAAGCCACCUGUGCAGAGCCUAGCCCCCAUCCUGUGCUCUCCUUGCAGGUGAAAUGCUCCAAGUACUGGCCGGAUGACUCCGAGAUGUACGGGGACAUCAAGAUCACGCUGGUGGAGUCCGAGACACUGGCUGAGUACGCUGUGCGCACCUUCGCCCUGGAGAGGCGGGGUUACUCGGCCCGGCACGAGGUGAAGCAGUUCCAUUUCAUGUCAUGGCCCGAGCACGGUGUCCCCUACCAUGCCACAGGGCUGCUGGCCUUCAUCCGCAGGGUGAAGGCGUCCACCCCGCCCGACGCCGGCCCCAUCGUCAUCCACUGCAGUGCUGGCACGGGGAGGACUGGCUGUUACAUCGUCCUGGAUGUGAUGUUGGACAUGGCCGAGUGCGAGGGCGUCGUGGACAUCUACAACUGCGUGAAGACCCUCUGCUCGCGGAGGAUCAACAUGAUCCAGACAGAGGAGCAGUACAUCUUCAUCCACGAUGCCAUCUUGGAGGCCUGUCUGUGCGGGGAGACCAGCAUCCCUGCCAGCGAGUUCAAGCCCACCUACAAGGAGAUGGUGAGGAUAGAGCCGCAGAGCAACUCCUCGCAGCUGCGGGAAGAAUUCCAGACCUUGAACUCGGUGACCCCGCACCUGGAUGUGGAGGAGUGCAGCAUCGCGCUCCUGCCCCGCAACCGGGAGCGCAACCGCAGCAUGGACGUCCUGCCGCCCGACCGAUGCCUUCCCUUCCUCAUCUCCGUGGAUGGAGACAGCAACAACUACAUCAACGCGGCCUUAACUGACAGCUACACCAAGAGCGCUGCCUUCGUUGUCACCCUGCACCCUCUGCAGAACACCACCACCGACUUCUGGCGGCUGGUGUACGACUAUGGCUGCACCUCCAUCGUCAUGCUCAACCAGCUCAACCAGUCCAACUCUGCCUGGCCCUGCCUGCAGUACUGGCCCGAGCCGGGGCUGCAGCACUACGGUCCCAUGGAGGUGGAAUACAUCUCGGGAGUGGCGGAUGAGGACAUCGUGUCCCGGCUCUUCCGAGUCCAGAACAUCACACGGUUGCAGGAGGGGCACCUGAUGGUCCGGCACUUCCAGUACCUGCGCUGGUCAGCCUAUCGAGACACCCCGGACUCCAAGAAGUCCUUCCUGCACCUCCUGGCCCAGGUGGAGAGGUGGCAGAAGGAAAGUGGUGAUGGCAGGACUGUGGUGCACUGCUUGAACGGAGGUGGCCGGAGUGGCACCUUCUGUGCCUCCACCAUGAUCCUGGAGAUGAUCAAGUGUCACAACAUGGCAGAUGUUUUCUUUGCUGCCAAGACCCUCCGCAACUACAAACCAAAUAUGGUGGAGACCUUGGAGCAGUACCAUUUCUGCUACGACAUAGCACUGGAAUACCUGGAGUCCCUGGAGACCAGAUAGCACCUGGCCACGAGAGGGGCAGCAAGGGCUUGUGCAGGGCCGUGCCAGCCGCGCUUCCCAGCUGGGCACUGUGUCCCUGCUCGGGGUGGGCAGGGAAACAGCGAAGGACCCACCAGGAAACUUGGGAUCCAGAAAACAAAAGGACAUGGAGAUGUGUUGGCCACUCUCCAUCUUCAUCCUCCGCUCUCCAUCUUUCCUCCCUGCCCUGGGCGUGUCUGAGUGGGUGGAUCCCACAACUCAGCUGGUUCCUUGGAAUCACAGCCUGGGGUUGGUGUGUGUGGGAUGCAGUGCUGCUGGAGGGGAGGCCACCAGGAGCUGAGGCUGUUUCCCAUCAGGGAAGGAUGGGCACUGGGAGAUGUUGCUCUUUUGUGUGUAGAAUUGAAGCUCCCAGAGGCGUUGGGGGGGUUUCCCUCGGUGGGACUCACUCUGAGCCAGAGCACAGCCCCCCAGGAGCUCUGGAGUUUCUGCCUGCUGGCACCAUGAGUUUGAUCCUGUUUUAGUUCUGUGAGUUCCAACCCUUUGUGCAUCCAUCCCUGGCCAGACAGGGAUGAGGGAGCGGGGCACUGGCCAUGCCAUGUCCCUCUGCAGGGGCUGCCCUGAACCCUACUGGUGCUUUUGCAAAGUGUUGGAGGGGAUGGUUCCCCAGUGUCUCCACACCUUCCUCUCCAUCUGUAGCAGCGAAUUCUUCCUGAUGUCCCACAGGCACUGGCCCAUGGGUCUGGCUUUAACCCUUUGUGCAUCACUGCAUUUGAAGUGAAAUCCUCAAAAUUCAGGUCCAUCCCAAAUACUUGCUGGAUGCCACCUCUGGGCAGUCGCCCAUUGAUGCUCUUGGCUUUUGCUGGGCCUGGUGGGGCAGGAGGGUCGAACUUGGGGCGGUGUUGGCUUGGGCUGUGCCAAAGCCAUGGCCGUGCCUUGGGGCUCUGCGGGGGAAGGUCCCCACGCUCCUGUGUCACUGAGGCUGGUGGCUGAAGGUACCUGAGGUGUUUUAGCCCCAUCCUGCUGCAGGUGGGUGUGACAUGGCACUUUUCCCAUCUGAUGUUGUGGUAAUUUCAGGGAUUCUGCUCUCGGCCUGGUUGUAAUGGGCCUUGGGAAGGGGCAUCCAGAGGGAUCCAGGUCUGGGAACUGAGGGGAGGUUCUGUCCUGAGGGCCAGGCAGAGCCCUUCACCAUCACUUUUGGGAGGGAUGAAGCAGAGCAGAUGAGAAACUGUUCUCCAGGAGCUGGAGGUUUCAUGUGGGCAGCCCUGUCCUUCAUCCAUCUGCCCCCUUCACCUCCCAUCUGUGUCCCCCCAUCCUCCAGCCAUGCCUCCCCAAGGCAGGGGCAGUUUCCCUGCCCUGCCUGCCUGGGGCUGCCAAGCCAUUGCCCAGGGAAUUCUCCCCAGGAAUCAGGAAGGCUGCACAGCUGCAAUGGCCAGAGGAGCAAACCCAGGAGCUGUUUCCAUCCACCUUCCAAGGGUGAAAGAGAGCAGGAAGAGCCAUCCCUGCCCUCCCUACCCUUGGACAAUGUGCCACUGCUGUGCUGAUGGGGAUUUCAGCACCAUCCCAGACCCCUGGUGCUGCCGCCUCCUCUGAGGAAUUCACAGUCUGACAAUAACUUAUUCCAAGGGCUAUAGGACAUCCUUCCUUCCUUCUUUCCUUCCCUGCUGUCUCACCUGCAGUGUGCCCAUUCUGUCUUGUCACCAAAAGGUUUUUUUACCCCCAAAUGGUCCAGUAGCACCAGUACUCCCACUGGGAUAAAUGUGUGCCCUUCUCCCAGUCCCACAGACCUGCCUGUGCUGUCCUAGGGAAGGGGCUGCAUGCUGGGUGCAGAAAUUGUUUGGUUUCAUAUGAAAGUGGCCGAGCUGAGCCUCCAAAAUCCCUGGGAAUGGUCUGGGAUGCUCUGGGGGCAGACCAGCCCUGGGAGCUGGAGGAAUGGCUGCUGCCUGGGCCACCCACAUCCUGCCUGUGGCCCGGAGGGAGGGAGCAUCCCCCAGGGCUCUGCAGGUAAAGUAUUGCCAGAGAGAGGAAAAGGAGGAGAGUUGAAACCCCACUUAGUCCUACAGAGACCGGAGGAGUUGUAUAUAUGUCUUGAAAUGAAGAGUUUUUUCCUUUUUAUUUUAUUUUGGUACCUCCUUGCUGGGUGUCUCUGGGUUUUUAGGGCAUCUCUGGUGAGGGGCAGAUUUUGAAAUCCAAGUGCUAUAAACCCCAGCCCAGCUACAGCUCCUACUGACCUGCUCCUCUGCCACAAGGCAAGGACAUCUUGUACAUAGAAAUAUAUAUAUAGAAAUCUAUAUAUAAAAUUAUAAAUACUGUUCUUAAGAUGGAUAAUGUUUAUUGGUAUUACAGAUUGGAGUGGUGCUUUUUUAAAAAAUAAAAAAAAAAAAAAAAAAAAAAAAAAAGAAAAGGAAAAAUUAGAACCCAAGGAAAACACCAAAUUGGAACAAUUUUGUCUGUAUGCAGUCAAAGUGAUCCUAAAAGCUGGCAGCAUCCCAGAGCUGGUGCCAAAGGGACUUGGGACCAUGAGGCAGCUGCACCAGGGAUGAGGAUGGAGCAGUGGGACCGAGGGAGGGACGUGUCUGAUGUGGAUUGUGCCACACACAUCCAGCUGUUGUUAAUGUUUUUUUUAUUAUUUUGUUAUUCUAUUUUUUUGGCUUUCUUUCCUUUUAAGAAAAUCAGUUGCAUAAAUAAAUGUUCCAAAUUUGU